AAAUCUAAGGUCACUUGACCUGGCGCGGUUGCGUGCAGCGACAGUGGGAGGGAUUCAGAUGGUAUAAAAUUUUCAGCUGGCUUAAACUCCUCGCCUUCAACCAACCUUCAAAUAAAUAUCCAGGCCUGCCAUGUUGUCAGCCCCAGUUACCACUGCCGUUGCUCGGAGGAGGAUGACAGCGUGCCUGGUAUGCCGUCUCAGAGGAAAGAUGCGUGCGCCUCCACGGAAGCACUGGCUCCUGCACUGACUGCAACCUUUUCCGGGUGCAGUGCCAUAACAGCAUGGGGCCUAUCCCAUCUAAGAUGAGGAGUCACUGGACCUGUCAUGCUGCUCGCAAGGAAAUUCGCAUGGCUCUUUGCACUUCAACGUCCCGCAGUGCUCACCACCCAUUACCCGCGACCAAGAGGUUUUCAUAUUUACUGGAACAGGCAGUGUUGAGCCUGAUCCAUACCAUAGCUGUCCAGUCAUCCCAACACCAGGAAGCCUUACCCCAGUACCCGCUUGAGCUAAGUGAUGUGUCGGCUCCUGCAGCCUCUCCUGCAUACGGCUUUGAAACAGUGGCAUCUCCGGAGCCUAGCCUCGAACUCAACCCCCCCUCUCUAUUUUCGACGCCCGCCUCAGAUACCCUGGAUUUGGACCCCCGACUUAGAGAUUACACACCUAGUUCCGUGGCUCUCCUGGAUCCCGAUAAGACCGUGAAGGACGAGUUCUUUAGCAUCAUUCCUCAUGUGGCUGGCUCAGAAGAAGGGCCCCCCAGCCCUUCGUUGAUGCAUGACAUCAGGCAAACUAAUAUCCCAGUUACAAAUGAUGUUGAGGACCCACCGUUGUUGGGCUCUCAAGGUGCACCUAAUGCGAUGGCAGAGAUGAACGCGACGACUGCACACAACCUGCUCUGCACAGAGCUUGCGAAGAUACAAUCACCCAAUCUCGAAGGCAACAUCAAUUAUGAUCAUAGACGGCGUAAGGGCCGAGGCAGCUUUGGGGAUGUCUACAUGGGGAAACGCGUAGGGACUGCUACCGGAGAUUUUGUCUGCGUGAAAGAGCUUAGCACCGUGGUAACUAUUUCGGAGUCAGGUCCAUGGAAACGGUUCCUUAGAUUGCUCAAGCGCGAGGUGAAAAUAUGGCAUGGUCUGGAGCACCGAAACGUAGUAAAGUUUAUCGGUUGGACAUCAAAAGUUUGCGAAGACACCUUAACAGUGUGCUUGAUAUCGGCUUGGUGCAGUGAUGGGAAUGUCAAGGAAUACCUUGCAAAACAAACAGACGCAGAUCGACGAGGCUUGGUUUACGACGUCAGUCAGGGACUGGUCUACUUGCACUCCCAGGGCGUCAUCCACGGUGACAUCAAACCUGCAAAUAUCGUUGUAUCAACGGAAACCAAGGCUGUUGCACGUCUCUGCGAUUUUGGUUUAUCUUCCAUUCUCGAUGAUGCAACAACACGUGCGCAUACAUCAACCAUCGCCGGCACCCCUCGCUAUGCAUCACCCGAAUUGUUUAGCGUCAUUUCCAUUGAACGGAAUGAAGCGAGCGAUAUCUGGGCAUUUGGAUGCACAGCGACCGAAAUCCUCACCAAUAAACCCCCUUUUCACUGGAUAAAGCGUGAUAUCCAAAUACCCUCCGUCAUCGAUACGCAACUGCCAUAUGCUGGAAUGGAUCAAGAUGACUUUGGAAUGGUUCUCUCCCUUUGUUUCGAACGUGAACCAGAGAAGCGACCGGACAUUCUUGAACUUACUUGGCGCCUAAGGCGAGUAUACCCUUUGAAUCGUUAUUGAUGCAUGUGUUGAUUAUUUAUGGGAACAAGCCGUUGAUCGUUUGGACCUGAACGCUACUUUCCACACUAAGUCCAGGCUCGAAGAUGCU